AUGUUUGAAAUUAAUGGUAAUUUAAAGGUUGAUAUAAAUAAAUUCAAAAAAAUUUAUACAACUGUCUUUGAUAAAAACAUUUCACCUCAAAUUAAUGAAAUUUUAGAUCUAUUUGAAUUUGAUACUACAAAAUCAUCAUAUGAAGAUGUGAUUGAAGAAUACAGUAAAUUUGAAAAUGAUUCUCUUGGAUCAUUUGAAUAUCUUGAUUACAGUGAUUUACGUUUAUUAUCUAAAAGAAAGUGGAAUAAUAAAGAAGCUUUAAUCAUAGGUAAUGGUAAAAGUAAUUAUAAAACAACUGUACAAAUAAAAGGUGAUUUGUUAGAUAAAGUACUCAAGAAACCAUCACCAGUCAUUUCAAGAAAUUGGAGUCCAGAUGAACAAAAAGCAUUAAUGGUUGAAGUUUCUACACUUGGUAAUAAAUCUGAAAUCAACUGGUUUUUCAUUUCUCAACAACUCUUUUUAAAAGGUAUUAGUAGAAAUGCAAGAGAAUGUCAAAGAAAACAUGAAUCAAUCCAAUAUGUUGGUCUUUCAGGUAAUCCAAAAGCUAAAUUUAAAGGAACUUUUGAUUAG